AUGGAGGAGCGAGGAGAGCCUGUGACUUGGGAGGCCUUCAGGGGGAGAUUCCUCUCCGAGUACAUUCCAGAUAGUGUCAAAUAUGCUAAGGAGAUGGAGUUCCUCCAGCUCACUAAGGGGGGGAAGUCUGUGACGGAAUAUGCUGAGAGGUUCAAACACCUCAGCCGCUUCUAUACACUGUCGCUUGAUGAGGAGUGGAGAUGUCGAAAAUUUGAGAACGACCUUAGGGGAGAUAUUCGCUUGAUGAUGAAGAAUGAGGUAGAGGGCCAGCGAUCUCAGCAGCCUCAGAGGAUUGGUGGACCAUCUGGGUCCAAGCCCAGACAUGACGAGUGGAGGAGACCAUACGACAAACCUCAUCAUCAGCCUCAGGGGUCUAGGGGUCCUCCUCCCCAGCAGAGUCGAGUUCAGUGCUAUAUAUGUGGAGGUCCUCAUCUGAGGAGCGCUUGCCCACGCAUGGAGGGCUACUGCAGAUGCAACAAUUGUGGCAAGGAGGGCCACUUUGGGAAGGAUUGUCCCACCCUUGCUAGGGCAGUAGCACGCCCUCCAGUUCAGGCUUCUCACCAGCACCAGCGGAGAGAUAGAGGCAACAGGCCUCAGGCGACGGGCAGGGUAUAUGCCAUGACCAGAGCAGAGGCUACAGGCUUAGGUAACAUUGUUAUGGGUCGAUGUAUGAUAGCGGGUGAAUCUUUGUGUGUACUGUUUGAUUCUGGAGCGACACACUCAUUUGUGUCAUUUGCUUAUGUGGAGCGUUUGGGUUUGACGGUGCGCGAGCUGCAGUGUGAACUUGCAGUAUCUACCCCGACAUCGGGUUUGGUCAGGACGUCGUCCUUGUGUGCUAGGCUUCCACUGGAGGUAGAGGGACGUAGGUACAGGGUGAACUUGAUCUGUCUGCCUCUACAAGAGUUAGAGGUGAUCUUAGGAAUGGAUUGA